AUGUAAACUCAGACAUAUUUUACUUUUUUAACGCAUGUGUAUUAAGUUUUCUGACACUUCAUUCACAAAAACUAAUUUAUUGAUUAUCAGUGUAUAGAACAUUCAAAUGCACAUGCAAGCAUCUGUCAUAAAUUGAACUAUUUGAUAGGGUGUUUCCAGGUCACAUGACACAUCGCUAUGUUUUGAACGGAGUUUACGAAGGACUGAAGAUUGACCUACUACCAGCUGUUUACAAUCUACGUGAAUGUGAUUAAAGAAUGGCCGCUAGUUCUUGCCCAAUUUUCAAAAAAAGACAUUCAGAAAUGGUUAAUAUGUAAACAAAACCAGUGGGAUUAGAUAUUUUGAGACAGCCGUGCAGCAUGUAAAGUAAAACAUAGCUUUGAAGAUCAGCGUAUAUACGUUGUAAAAACAAAUAAAUACAUUGGUUUCUUUGAUUACACAAAUCAAAAAUAGCCUAAUAUUUUCCAUGUUGCAAUAGAACAUACGCUCAAAUAUAAUGGAAGAGAUAACGACAACACCGCCAAAAAAGGAAAGAAUAUUUCCUAGACUAGAUCUGUCAGACCAGUCAACGUUAACUGCUGCAGAACAGCCAGUCUUAAUAGUUCAGUCGCCGAAGACUCCGACUCUUUCUAAGAAAUUGAAGGCUGUUAGCCUCGAUUCAGAUCCACCAGCUCAAUCGACGAGCCUCGAAGUGUCCCGGGAUGUAUUUUCCAUGCCAAACACCCCCAAGAGACAAAUCAAACAAAAACUCUCUUGUGAUUUCGAAGAUGGACCACAUAAGUCAAUGUUGGCUCCCAGCUUGAAUUCGAAUUUAAAGAAAUUUGCGUCAAAUACUAGCAUUUCAGGAUCACAAACUCUGAAAACCUUACCAGAAGUAAUGACACUACACGAUUUUUCCGAUGGACCCGUCACCAUCCCAGUAAAAAUCAAAGCCAAAGGACUGUUAGAGCGUCGGGGAUCAAAUGCCAGCCUCACAAUCGAUUUGGGUUCAAACCCUAGUAUCGCCGAUGUUAAACCUGUAGCGUUCAAUAGGCUCAACACAGCCAAAAGUGUCUCCAAUCUCAACUUAUCGACGUUUGAUUCGGAAAAAUGUUGCAAUUGCUCAAAGAAGUGCGAAGCUCACGUCGUCAAGUCCGUUAUCGAGAGGAGAAAAUCGCAAGAGACAUGUGGAAACUGUACCAUUUAUGAAGCUGUUCCAAGUAUCAUGAACAGCUGCAAGAUAGUCAAAUGUCAACAACCAAAGCGAUGCAGUUGCUGCCCCAAAACAAGGCGGAAAUCUUUGUCUAAUGAAAACCUCUAUAUUCCGCCUUGUGGAUUUUGCCAGACAGGCGCUUUGAAGGAGUGUACAGGUGCAUCUAAACAUUGCAAGGGGUACAGAAAGGCCUAUUAUCCCCGACAACCCGACCUGGAAACAACACAGUUACUGUCGGAGGAUUUCAAGCUGCAUUUAGAGAAUAUCCGCUAUCUCGAGACCGCUGGGAAUGUGCUCACAAUUGAGGAGCUAAAAAAAGCUUGUGAGGUUUCUCGUGUUCCAAAGCUACACCAAGAAUUCUGGGAGGUGCCGUUGAAUCUUCAGGAGAAAUGUUACGUUUCUGGUAGUCAAAGUCGUAAUAGGUAUAAAGGAGUAUUGCCAAAUGAACACAGUAGGGUUCAUUUACCUGGGCCGCAGACGUAUAUACAUGCCAAUUACAUUAAAGGUCCGGAUUACACAGAGACCUUAUAUAUAGCCACACAAGGGCCAAUGGCUCACACUUGUCAAGAUUUUUGGGAGAUGGUUUGGAAUACACAUUGUAAAUGCCUAGUGAUGUUAACGGGUCUGGUGGAAAAAGGCUACAAUAAAUGUGAGUUAUAUUUUCCAUUAGGAAAACCAGACGACAGUCCUGAAAAAUCUUUUUACUAUGUAAAAACAACAAAAGUUAGAGAUAAAUUCACUUUCGAUAGUAACGUUAAUACUCAGCUAUACGAAGAAGAGACGCAAGCAUUCGAACAAGUUAACGAAGUAACGUUUGGUAAUUACAGAAUAACUUAUCUGAACGAGAACAGUAUAGGCGAAUGCCAUAUUCGACAGUUGAGAUUACAGAAAUUGGAUUCCGCAGCAGAGCCAAGGAAAAUUAGUCAUUAUUGGUUUUCGAACUGGCCUGACCACAAGAUGGCUUGUCCGGAGCAAGUGUUGAAAAUAGCCCUUGACGUUUUGAAUGCAAUGCACUCAAAGAAAAAAUCUACCGACAAUAACGUUAAUGACAUAUCGAAAAAAUUCGAUGAAUCUCUUUCCAAAAGUACAAAUUGUAAUAUUGAUCUCAAAGCAAAAAGUUUCCCCGAUAACUUUGAUUGUAGUAUAUCAAAGAAAGAUAAGAUGCUUGCCUUAUCGAAAGGUACGCCCGAAGCACGUCGCAAAUCUAUGGAAAACUUAAAACUACCUGUGAUUGUCCACUGCAGCGCGGGUAUCGGUAGAACAGGUUGCUUCAUAGCCAUUCUGAAUGGAAUCCAACAGCUAAAGGCGAACUCUAAUGUCGAUAUACUGGCCAUAUUGUGUUCUCUUAGACUGAACAGAGGUGGAAUGGUGCAAACAGCCGAACAAUACGAACUUAUUCACAGAGUAUUAAGCUUGUACACGGAGAAUAUGACAUAAACAUGGCGUCUUAGUUCGUUGUUUUAGCGUAAUUUUUAAAUUGUCAGGGGAUAAUUUCCGGCCGCUUCGAUGAGAAAAAAUAAGUGGUUGCAGGUAGAAGAAGUUCAACCAUAAAAUCGCCACCGAUUACGUGUAGGUGGAACAAAUUGCGAAAAAUUUUAUAUAUAGUAUUAGCAAACAGGACAAAGUUUAAUGUUAAAAUAUGUGUAGUACUCGAAAAAUGUUACAGGAACAUGUAUUUACAUAUCAGUAACUUUUAGUGUUCUAAUAUUCUGGACAUCGCUAAUAUAUUGCUAACAGAAUUCAUGACUUCCUCUGGAUACCGGGUCUAAUAAUUAGUUGAAUACAUGUACCAGCUAAAUCUAUAUUACAUUGGAAACAUCUAUAUAAAAAAAGAAAUAACAUUGCCAAUUCCAAAGUCAUGAUGUAUUAGUUAUUAAUUAGCAUUGAAAUUAUUCACUAAUCGCUGUUAUUUAGACGAGACCUUCAAUAUUAUUGUAUAUAUCCUAUUCCCACUCUUUAAUCGCUAGUAUUAAACUUAAUAAAAGUUUUUCUUAGUAAGUAUCCAUCAACUUAUUUUUAUGGUCCUAUACCAAUUUUAAGCGUAUGUAUCUCCUGUGCUUAUAUCUGUGGUGUGUAUCAGUAUCAAAGAUCCCUUUGAGGCAUUAAAGGUACGGUCAGUAACCUCCCUGUAUUUAAAAGCAAAAAGAAAUUCAAAAACGGGAAAACUAAAGAUUUUUUACGCUGGAAAACACAUUCUGGUUACAACCUAAAAGUCUAAAAGGGUUGCCUGGUAUCAGUGGAAUCGCAGCUGAGCUGUUUGAGCUGGGCUGUUUGUUUUACUGAGUAUUUACAUAUGUGCUGUUUUCUGGUUUUUAUUCUAUAGUUUUUCAUGUUUGACCAGAAUGAUUUUUGAUUCCUCGGAAAGGCCUGCUGUGAAAUGUCUGCAGGCUCUGUAUAUGGAUGCCUCAGAAGUCAAACGGUGUAAGUCACAUUCUCCCUAAAAAUGACUUAUGAGAUAUAACACUACUUAUUAUUAUACAGCGUGUCCCAAAAGUAGUGGAACGGUCGAAUAUUUCGCGAACUGAACAUCGGAUCGAAAAACUGAAAAACACAUUUUCAAUAAUUUUAAAAAAUCUAUCCAAUGACACUAAACGCGAUCCCCCACUUCACCCCCUGGAGGUGGGUGGGGGGUAACUUUAAAAUCUUAAAUAGAAACCCCCAGUUUUUAUUGCAGAUUUGGAUUCCUUAUGUAAAAGUAAGUAAAAUUUAUCUGAGACGUUUUUUUGAAUUGUGGAUAGAUGGCGCUGUAUAAGUAACUUUUAUCUGAGACGUUUUUUGAAUUGUGGAUAGAUGGCGCUAUAAUCGGAAAAGACUAUUUAUUGUGAUACUAUACGUAAAAUUAUAGAAACGCUCUAA